AUGGUGUUCCUUGUCGCUCUCGCCGUCCUGGCGGCAUGCCUCCUCCUUGUAGUCGACUACCGUCUGUCCGAAAUCAUCGCUUCCCACAUUUUCCAGAGCAUCGGCAAGAUGGAGGAGUUCCAGUCCGAGACCGACAGCGAUUACACCAGUUACUGGCGUGACUGGUUCAUCUCUUCGCGUGGCAACGAGUACUUUUGUGAGAUCGACGAAGAAUACAUCACCGACCGCUUCAACUUGACUGGCCUUAACACGGAAGUCCACUACUACCAACACGCCCUCGACCUGAUCACCGAUGUGUUCGACCUCGACUGUGAAGACGACAUGCGCGAGACGAUCGAAAAGUCGGCGCGCCAUCUCUACGGGCUCGUCCACGCGCGCUACAUCGUCACCACCCGCGGCCUGGCCAAGAUGGUCGAGAAGUUCAAAAAGUCCGAUUUCGGCCGUUGCCCGCGUGUCAUGUGCGAGAGUCACCCACUGCUGCCCUUCGGACCGAGCGACAACCCGGGCCUCAAGACGGUCAAGCUCUACUGCGCCAAGUGCGAGGACAUUUACAACCCGAAGUCGUCCCGCCAUGCGGCCAUCGACGGCGCGUACUUUGGCAGUUCCUUCCACAACAUCCUGUUCCAGGUCUACCCGGCCCUUGUGCCCGUCAAGUCUAGGAGACGGUACGAGCCCAAGGUCUUCGGGUUCAAGGUCCACCACGCCGCCGUCUUGGCUAGGUGGCAGGACGUUGUGAGGAGACAGCAACGGAAGCGGUUGGAGGAAGCCACCGUGGUCGCCGAAGGGCAGCAAUUGUUCAUCGAGGAUGCCGAGAGCAGCGACGGCGGCGCCGGCGACUUGGAUCGUGCCGAAGAACUCGAUGACGACGAGCUUGUCGGCGACAAUGGCGAUCGCAGAAUGGCUGCUACCGGUGGCGACACUGAGGAGGGUGUGGCCCUGUACGGAGCUGCCCUAGCUGCUACAGGACAGGCUGCGCACUGA